AUGACUGAUUCCGACUCAUCUAAUUCUGAUGAUGAAAUGGUGUUGGAUGUAUUAUUUUAUUUACCCAGACCAAGAUUCUUUCGGGAUAGGUCAAACCCAUUGGAGGAUUUCGACGAUUUUGAUUUUAAAAGUAGGUUUAGACUAUCAAAGGAAACUUUUGUAUUUUUAUUACAUUUAAUUGGAAACGAUUUGCGACGUUCUACAAAUAGAAGCUUCGCCAUUUCUCCAGAAAUACAAAUUUUGGUGACUUUAAGAUACUAUGCUACAGGUACCUUUCAAGCCGUUAUUGGAGAUCACGUACACGUCCAUAAGUCAACAAUAUGCCGAACCAUAAAACGUGUGUCACUCGCGAUUGGUCGUCUUCGUCCGCAUUUUAUCAACAUGCCUAGGGAUGCUGAAGAAAUUCAGAAAGUUCAAACAGGUUUUUUCAGAUUGAAAGGAUUUCCAAGAGUGGUUGGGGCAGUAGACUGUACCCACAUACGUAUACGGUCACCAAACAGCAAUAUUGGAGAAAGAUUUCGAAAUCGGAAAGGGUAUUUCUCCUUCAACGUACAGGCUAUAUGUGAUAGCAACUUAAAAAUCAUGAAUAUUGUUGCACGGUGGCCAGGUUCUGUUCAUGACAGUACAAUUUUUGAUAAUAGUAUGUGUAGGGCUCAGUUUGAAAAUGGAGAAUAUGGAAAUAGUUUUUUACUCGGAGACGGAGGCUAUCCAUGUCGUGAUUACAUGAUGACUCCUCUUCUUCGUCCCGUUACUGAAGCUGAGAAGAGAUAUCAGAAAGCUCAUAUUGGUACAAGAAACGUUGUAGAAAGACUAUUUGGUGUGUGGAAAAGGAGAUUUCCGGUGAUAGCUGUAGGAAUACGCACACAGCUUAACACGACUAUGACGACCAUUGUUGCCACAGCUGUUUUAUACAACAUUUUAAAAGAACAAGGUGAUGAAAUGCCAGCCGACGAAUAUGCCGUAGAUAAUGACUUACUUCUGGAAAUUGAUAUGAACCCUGUAAGGCAAACAGGCAAUUUAGUCAGAGGACAGUUAAUUGACCUGGUAUUUACAUAA